AUGCUUGAAAAAGCACCCACAGCCGAUGUCCAUCCAGAUCGAGAAAAAGGCACUAUAACCUCCCUCCCCGAGAACCUCGAACUCGACCGCUUGGGCUACAAACCUGAACUACAGCGCAACCGCUCAGUGUUAACCCUCCUCUUCCAAACCCUCGCCAUAGCCGCAAUCCCCUAUGGCGAAGGCUCCCCCCUCCUCUCCGCCAUCUAUGGAGGCGGUCAACUAUCAAUCUUUGUAGGUUGGAUAGUUGUCUGCCUCUUAGACCAAUGCGUCGCUCUCUCCCUAGCAGAGCUAGCAUCACGCUACCCGACCUCCGCAGGACCCUACUACUGGACCUUCCAGAUAUCUCGCGGCAAAAAGACGACAAUCUCCUUCAUAAACGCCUGGAUCUGGCUAAUCGGCAACUGGACCAUAACACUCUCCGUCAACUUCGGCUUCGCGUCCCUACUCUCAGCCACAAUAUCAAUGUAUCACCCAACAUGGACAGCAAACAGCUGGCAACUCCUCCUAAUCUUCUACGCUGUCUGUCUGGGCUCUCUAAUAAUCUGCGUCUUCGCCAACAAAUACCUCCCAAAAGUCGACAUAGCCUGCGCAGCCUGGACAGUCAUAACAAUCCUAGUAAUCCUAAUCGCCGUCUCAGUCAAAGCCUCGUCCGGCCGCCACUCCGCAUCCUACACGCUAUCCCACUACGACAAAUCCUUCGCGGGCUGGGGCGACUUCACCUUCUUCAUCGGCCUCCUCCCAGCAGCCUACACCUUCUCAGCAAUAGGGAUGAUCUCCUCAAUGGCGGAAGAAUGCAAUGAACCAGCAAUAAAAGUCCCCCGCGCAAUCGCCCUCAGCGUCCCAGUCGGCGGAGCGGCAGGCCUCUUCUUCAUCAUCCCCCUCUGCGCGACCCUACCCCCACUAGAAGACAUAAUCUCCUCCCCUGGCGGCCAAGCCCUGCCCUACAUCCUGCACACAGUAAUGGGCAGUCCAGGCGGCGGCCUGGCGCUGGUCUUCCUCGUGCUGGUGAUAACCCUCUUCUGCUCAAUCAGCAUAACAGUAGCCGCAUCACGCUCAACCUGGGCCGUGGCACGCGACGACGCAGUCCCCCUCGCCAAAAUAUGGGCAUACGUUAACCCGAAACUAGGCGUGCCGGUCUGGUCGCUCGUCCUGUUAACGGGUAUCCAGAUGUUACUGGGGUUAGUCAACCUAGGGAGCACGAGUGCGUUCACGGCAUUCGUGUCUGUGGGCGUUAUUGCUCUCGCGGCAGCGUAUGCCAUUCCUAUCUUUUUGAGUCUUUGGCAUGGGCGUGAAGAGGUUAGUAUGGCGCCUUGGAGAUGUGGGCGGAUUGUGGGGACUUUUGUGAAUGUGCUUGGGCUUGCUUGGAUUGCGUUUGAGUUGGUUCUUUUUAGUAUGCCGACUGCUUUGCCGGUUACGGCUGUUUCGAUGAAUUAUGCUUCGGUUGUUUUUGUGGGCUUUAUGGCUAUUUCUGGGUUUUGGUAUCUUGUUUAUGCUAGGAAGUCUUAUAAGGGUCCGCCGGAGUCGGAUGCUUUGGAUUAG